AUGACGGCCUCUUUGGAAGACGCACAGGCAAGCCUGCCAGCACAGACAAGAACAGAAAAGUCUAAAGUGGAAGGACAACCAAGUGUGGCGACAAGCGCUCCUGCGACGGCGCCCACAACUGCCGUUCUCUCGUCAAAACCAAUUUACUGCCUGGUUGUCGACACAGGCCCGAUCAUUCAGAAUGACCCGACCGUGAGCACGCUUCUUUCCCAAGCCGAUGAGCUGUACACAAUUCCGUCAGUUAUCGAAGAAAUUAGGGAUGAGGUCACACGAACGCGUGUGGAGACGACGCUUCUCCCUUUCCUAAAGCUGCGCAGUCCCAAGCCUGAGAGCAUCAAGUUUGUCAGCGACUUUGCACGGAGGACUGGCGACCUGGAGGUUCUCAGCCGGCCUGAUAUCCACCUUCUCGCGCUCACAUAUGAGUUGGAGUUGGAAAACAAUGGUGGCGAUUGGAGACUGCGCAAGACGCCUGCCCAGAAGAGCGUCAACGGCAAGUCGCCGGCGGCGAUAGCCGCAGAAGCGGCGGCACAGACAGCCGAGGGGGCCGAAAAAGAGGCAGAGACAGCAAAUGCUGUGGAAGCACAGCAGGAGCCAUCCGAGGUGUUGCCCGAAGCCCAGCAGGCGGCUACAUUGGAGGAGAAAGUUGGCGCUUUGUCUUUAGACGGUGCCAUUGGAGAGGAGACUGAGGCGGCAGAAGAGCCUCAAACAGAAGAGGCUGCAGAUGAGAAGGAGGUGGAAGAGGUAGAAGAGGAGGAGGAGGCAGAUGAAGAUGACGGUGGUGGAGAGUGGAUCACACCGUCGAACCUCAAGAAGCACCAGGCGAAGGAACGCGGUGGCGGCAAUCCGGAGCAGCCGAUUCAGAGGCGACUGCAGGCGGCUCUGCUGACGUCUGAUUUUGCGAUGCAGAACGUGGCGCUGCGGAUCAACCUGAACCUGCUGAGUCCUGCCCUGGCGCGCAUCACACGGGUCAAGACUUGGGUGCUGCGCUGCCACGGCUGUUUCGCAGUGACACGGCAGAUGACCAAGCAGUUCUGUCCGUCGUGCGGACAGGCGACGUUGACGCGCACAAGCUGCUCGACGGACCAGGGCGGCAACUUCCGGCUGUACCUGAAGCGCAACUUCCAGUUCAACAAGCGUGGCAACGUUUUCAGCGUGCCCAAGCCGGUGCACGGCAGCGCCAGCGGCAAGCUGACGGACCACAGCGGCGGCGGCCAUCAGGGCUGGGGCCGCGAACUGAUCCUGUCCGAGGACCAGCCCGAGUACACCAAGAAGGUGGAGGAGCAGCGUCGCCUGCGUGUGCGCGACGCGAUGGACGAGGACUACCUGCCGGGGCUGCUGACCGGCGUGCGCAGCAAUGCCGGCAGUCGUGUGCGCGUGGGUGCCGGGCGUAGUGUCAACGCCAGGAAGAGGAAGUAG